GUGAUACAAGUGGACCUUCAAAUUCACGUAUUGCAACCAGCUGCUAGCUUGUUUCCGGUCUCAUCGCGGAUGGAUAACCCAACUCCCCCUUUUGCGUAUCCCGAAGUAAGCGCUAUGCAUACCAGUCAGCGUCGCCGUCUGGCGACAACGUUAUCAGUGGACGGCGUGAUCGGACGUCCUGCAUCAGUACCUUUGGUGGGCCGUUCGGCUCCCCAAUUGGUGUCUGCAGGUGUAGAAGCCCUCAAGACAUCUCGUGUCGCCAGCGAAUCGAAGAUAUCGAUGACAGGAACACAAGCCGUUGCACCUCUUGAUCUCAUGGGCAAUCUGAAGCGAGCAGAACCAUCCGUUGUCAAAACGAGAUCGGGAAGCGUGUUAUCCCGAGGCUUCAUCUUGAAAACAGAUUAUUAUCCGUCUGGCCGAGCCCUUGAUCUCGACUUGAAUGUCCAUGGUGCCCCCAACUUCAGGGCAUCACGGCCAGGCAAUACAAAUGUUUUCGGAGUUGCACAACCACGCACACAAGGUCUACGAGCAAUACUCUCUGUUUUGCGCUGUCGUCCUGGUACUACCAGUCCGUCCCAUGUCGUUUGGUUUUCUACGCGGGAAGAACCGAUCGUGUAUAUAUCAGGGCGACCCUUCGUCUUGCGCGAUUCCGCUGAACCACGAAGCCCUCUGUCAUUAUCCGACAGAGCUGAAAAUCUAGAAGCCAUUGAAGAACGUUUGAAAAACGACAUCUUACAGGAAUCAGCAAAGUAUGGUGGCCUAAUAUUAACUCACAACGAAUUGCCUGCCGAGAGCGGGGCAGGCGCCAUUUUGCCCACCUGGACUCAUGUUGACAAUGUCAACGUAAGAACAUCACGAGAGCUCUGGGAGCAAAUGCGUGCAGAUGGAUGGAAUGUAGAGUAUCACCGUAUCCCCAUAUCCCCUGACCGUCCUAUUGAGGACAACUAUCUAGAUGCGUACCUGCGCGUUAUCAAAAACACAGAUCCAGUACGGAGUGCCCUUGUAUUUUCUUGUGGCAUGGGUGCCGUGCGAACUACAUUUGCCAUGGUCGCUGCCGUGAUCGUCAGGAGAAAAAUGCUGCUCGCUAGGGGCUUAGAAGAUCCAUACGCGAGUAGAUCAUCUUUCUUGAGCAAUUUGGGUAAUGGGGCCCAUAAGAUAGGUGACGGCAGCCCCGGUAUCAGUACGCCUACAAAUCAGGUAGCCACUGAUAUCAAGCUAGCUCAAGCACUGGAAAAUGCCAGUGUACAGCAGGACCAAAAUAAGUCACUUUUACGAUUGACAUAUGUCUUGCAGCGACAUCUCCACUCACAGUCCGUAAUUGCCUUGCUCAUGGCGCAACCCACGCUCUUGGAGAACUUGCGCAAAGCGCACCAGGGCAACUAUGGCGUAAUACUGAGUUUGCUUGGAUGUUUAGAUCAUGGCCUACAGGCUAAGAAACUGGUUGACCGUGUAAUCGACGCAUGCGAUCAUGUCACGAAUCUUCGGGAAGAUAUACUCACCUACAGGGUCAAGUAUUCCCUCACAACAGCCGAUGGGGAUGAAACCAAACGAGAAGAACUUUUAUCCAAGGCUCGAAGAGCGCUGGAGAAAUAUUUCUUCAUGAUCACCUUUGCGAGCUACGUGGAUUCUGUCCAAGACUUUGAGAUGACCUUUUCGGAUUGGCUGAAGGCGAGAACGGAAAUCUGGAAUCAGGUCAUGUUCCUCCGGAAGACAUAUGGUUCGAGGCUAAACAUUUUCGCGCCUGUCAAUGAUCUCUCCAUUUUGUCGAGAUCCGGAACAGAAGAUAAGUCCCUCGUAGCUGGACAGAAAAAUGAUGUGGAGAUUGCCGGAGGACAGCUACUCGGUGAUGAGUAUAGUGACCACGUUGUCAAGAAUCGGAGCGGCAUUAUUUUGCGAGAGACCACGCUUCUCAAGUCAGACCAGUGGCUUUCAGAGUCUUAUCGUGUUUCUGACUCAGUCCGCGGGGCGAUAAACUUUCGUAACAUACCCGGGACAAACAUUUAUGCGAGUGGGCAACCGACUGAAUCCGCAGUCGAUGAGGUUGUGCAUCGUGUCAAAGAAGCACACCCGGAUGUAAACAAAGUUGUGUGGGUGACAUUGAGAGAGGAGCCCAUUGUUUAUAUCAAUGGCGCGCCUUACUGUCUAAGGCGAGAGCGUUUCUCGCUCCGGAACAUGAAGGAUUAUGGAGGAAUUUCUGCAUCCAGACUGGAAGUCUUGGAAGAGCGUCUCAAAGAUGAUGUCCUUGCGGAGCUCGAAGCGUUUGGGGGAAGGUUGCUCCUUCACACAGAGACCCCAGAUGGGUCUGUGAUUCCCAUCUGGGAAGAAGUACACACUUCAAAUGUUGCGGUGCUCAAGGACAUUAUGGCAUCCCGCAAAUCUGGACAUGGCCUCGAUCUCCAAUACGUUCGGAUUCCGAUCACAUCUGAGCGCCCUCCUGACUUCGCGGACAUCAGUGAGCUUAUGGACCUUGUUCUUCGAGCGGACUCCUCUAGUACGGUUAUGGUUGUCAAUUGUCAGCUUGGACGAGGAAGGAGCACUCUGACUUCGGUGUUGAUUAUCCUCAUUCAACAAUGGCUGAAGGAGAGUCGUGCGCUUCCUCAGCGGUCGCCUCGAACGAAGCCUCGCUCUUUGUCAAUGUCGAUGACUUCUGACAUGUUUCAGGAUGAGCCCGCAAAUAAGCGCCACUCAUAUCAGAUCAUCAAUAAUCUCCUUCGGAUCGUCCGGAAAGGCCCUGCAGUCAAGAAUACUGUUGACGAGGCCAUUGAUCGAUGUGCGAUUGUCAUGAAUCUCCGAGACUCCAUCGAAGACGAGCGUAUUUUGGCUGAGGAAGCGACUGAAGAGAAGCAAAAGCGCAUACAUGCGUCUAAAGGGCUGCACAAUUUGCGACGCUACUUUGAGCUCAUUCUGUUCCAGGCUUAUCUGCAAUCUACCGAGCCAGACACGAUGCAGUCAUUUGAAACAUUCAAGAGUUUCAUUGAGAAUCGACCAGUCAUCAAAACGUUCGAGAAGGAACUCGUUGCGGAAGGCUUGCAUGCCCUCAAACCGCUUGAGCGCGCGGACGUGAAUGAGAGUGUUGCUCGCCCGGAUGAAGUCAAGCAAGUAGUAGUCAACCGAUCCGGCGGCAUCCUCUCCGCAUCUACGAUCCUCAAGAGCGACUUCUUUUCCAACCUGCAAAAGAUGACGCUUCCGGAGAGGAUCGAAGGCUCUCCUAAUUUCCGUCGUGUGCCGCUGACCUUGAAGCUGGCUUCUUCUCGGAGUUCUUCUCCUAUAGAUCCGGCUGAUGAGAAGAUGGUGUGCGGAAGCGGAAUGCCUACAGUUCAAGGUUUGCGGCGAGCCCUAGCACGUGUUGAUGCUGAUCCACAAGGACAUGGUAUGGUGUAUUGGACAUCCUUGCGAGAGGAACCGGUCCUUUAUAUUGCCGGCCGGCCGCAUGUUCUGCGAAUCGUGGACAAGCCACUCGAAAACGUAGAAGCAACUGGGGUCACAACUGCCAUGGUGGAAGCUAUGGAAGAACGUUUCAAGAAAGAUGUCAUACGUGAGGUCAGAAUGGGUGAUGGACGCAUCCUUUUGCAUGAUGAGGUCGAGGAGCGGCCCGGCGUGUUUUCUAUUAUACCCAUAUGGGAGACGGUGGAUGAAGAUGAUAUCAUGACCCCAAGAGAUGUUUUCAAUCUUAUGGCUAAGGAGGGAUUCAAGAUCAAUUAUGAUCGAGUUGCUAUCACUGACGAGCAAGCGCCGUUGCCUGAUGCUCUGUCACAAUUACUGGAACGUGUCCAGAGUGGACACUCUGAGGCGGACGACUUCAUAUUCAAUUGUCAAAUGGGCCGUGGUCGCACGACUACGGGAAUGGUCACAGCCUGUUUAAUAUCGACGACAAUGAAUUGGCAAGGCGAAGAGAACUACUUUGAUGCACCGGAAGACCCCAACUUGACUGAAUACGACAGCAUUGAUGGUCCUUCGGAGGAGCAGGCUUACCUCCAAGGGGAGUACAAGACUAUAUUGCAGCUUGUCGGCGUCUUGUCUCACGGCAAAAUCGCAAAGCGCUUGACGGACCGUGCCAUUGAUCUUAUGCAGGACGUGCAGAAUCUCCGCAAGUCGAUAUAUGACUACAAACUCAAGGUAGAGGCGCUAGAAAAGGGAAGUGCCAAGCAACGGAAGUUGAUGAACGUUGCGGUGAACUACCUCUAUCGCUAUGGCACGCUCAUCGUGUUUGCAAACUAUCUCAUUGAAAUACGGGAGAUGCAAGGAAGGGAGACGAGAGGGUUUUCGGAUUGGCUGCGAGAACAUAGAGAGAUUGCAAAACUGCUGGAGAGGAGGUCGUUGGACUGAGGAUGGGCGCCCUCUCCGUGACGAUACUGAUGAUCUGAUGACGACGACGAUACUUAUACCAUGUUGCACAGGCUUAGUAUAAUUGUUGAUGAUAUGAAGUUGUACCUUGUUGCGUGCGCAGCACCGCGGCACCCGUAUGCCUGUCA